GCUGCCCCGAGGGUUUCAACUGCGCGCAUGCGCGGCGGCCGCCGAAGGGGCGGGAUCCGAGGCGAGCGUGGGUUCCGUGCGCCUCAGGAGUAUAAUGUCUCAGGAAGGCGAUUAUGGGAGGUGGACCAUAUCCAGUAGUGAUGAAAGUGAGGAAGAAAAGCCAAAACCAGACAAGCCGUCUACCUCUUCUCUGCAAGGAGCAGCAAAUGAGCCCAGGUAUACCUGUUCUGAGGCCCGGAAAGCCGCACACAAGAGGAAAAUGUCACCUGUGAAAUUCAGCGAUACAGAUUCAGUUUUACCUCCCAAAAGGCAGAAAAGUGGUUCCCAGGAGGACCUAGGCUGGUGUCUGUCCAGCAGUGAUGAUGAGCUACAGCCAAAAAUGCCGCAGAAGCAGGCUGAGAAAGUGGUGAUCAAAGAGGAGAAAGACAUCUCGGCUCCCAGUGACGGCACUGCCCAAAGAACUGAAAAUUGUGGCCCUCCCACCUGCCACAGGCUCAAAGAGGAGGAAGAGUAUGAGACGUCAGGGGAGGGCCAGGACAUUUGGGACAUGCUGGAUAAAGGGAACCCCUUCCAGUUUUACCUCACUAGAGUCUCCGGAGUUAAGCCAAAGUAUAACUCCGGAGCCCUCCACAUCAAGGAUAUUUUAUCUCCUUUAUUUGGGACGCUUGUUUCUUCAGCUCAGUUUAACUACUGCUUUGACGUGGAUUGGCUCGUAAAACAGUAUCCACCAGAAUUCAGGAAGAAGCCAAUCCUGCUUGUGCAUGGUGAUAAGCGAGAGGCUAAGGCUCACCUCCAUGCCCAGGCCAAGCCUUACGAGAACAUCUCUCUCUGCCAGGCAAAGUUGGAUAUUGCAUUUGGAACACACCACACGAAAAUGAUGCUGCUGCUCUAUGAAGAAGGCCUCCGGGUUGUCAUACACACCUCCAACCUCAUCCAUGCUGACUGGCACCAGAAAACUCAAGGAAUAUGGUUGAGCCCCUUAUACCCACGAAUUGUUGAUGGAACCCACAAAUCUGGAGAGUCGACAACACAUUUUAAAGCUGAUCUCAUCAGUUACUUGAUGGCUUAUAAUGCCCCUUCUCUCAAGGAGUGGAUAGAUACCAUCCACGAGCACGAUCUCUCCGAAACGAAUGUUUAUCUUAUUGGUUCAACCCCAGGACGCUUUCAAGGAAGUCAAAAAGAUAAUUGGGGACAUUUUAGACUUAGGAAGCUUCUGAAAGACCAUGCCUCAUCCAUACCUAACGCAGAGUCCUGGCCUGUCGUGGGUCAGUUUUCAAGCAUUGGCUCCUUGGGAGCUGAUGAAUCAAAGUGGUUAUGUUCUGAGUUUAAAGAGAGCAUGCUGACACUGGGGAAGGAAAGCAAGACUCCAGGAAAAAGCUCUGUUCCUCUUUACUUGAUCUAUCCUUCUGUGGAAAAUGUGCGGACCAGUUUAGAAGGAUAUCCUGCUGGGGGCUCUCUUCCCUAUAGCAUCCAGACAGCUGAAAAACAGAAUUGGCUGCAUUCCUAUUUUCACAAAUGGUCAGCUGAGACUUCUGGCCGCAGCAAUGCCAUGCCACAUAUUAAGACAUAUAUGAGGCCUUCUCCAGACUUCAGUAAAAUUGCUUGGUUCCUUGUCACAAGGCAUCGACCUGAUUGCUUCUUUCUGGAUCCCUUUGCUUCCCUGUAUCAUGAGCUUCGGCGCAAAUCUGUCCAAGGCCGCCUGGGGAGCACUGGAGAAGAAUGGCACCCAGCUGAUGAUCCGCUCCUACGAGCUUGGGGUUCUUUUCCUCCCUUCAGCAUUUGGUCUAGACAAUUUCAAAGUGAAACAGAAGUUCUUCGCUGGCAGCCAGGAGCCAAUGGCCACCUUUCCUGUGCCAUAUGAUUUGCCUCCAGAACUGUAUGGAAGUAAAGAUCGGCCAUGGAUAUGGAACAUUCCUUAUGUCAAAGCACCGGAUACGCAUGGGAACAUGUGGGUGCCCUCCUGAGAAUCUCAAGGCACUGUGAAAUUUAAGUGUAAGACAUUGAGCCACAAACAUGGAAUCUCUUCUUUGUACUGGAUGUUCACUUCCCUUAAAGUCUUACUUGUACCCCUACAAAAUCUGCAAAGGUCACUCUGAUGAAUGGAUGUUGGUUAUACUUUUAAUGGACAUUAACAUUCUCAAUAAAAAAAGUAUUAUUUUCUUAAUUCACUUUUAUAUGUUUUGGAAAGAAAACUAGUGAACUUCUCUAUGCUAAAAAUAUGUACUGGUUGAGUAUCCCCUGUGUGAAAUGCUUCAGAUUUUGGAUUUUUUUGAAUUUUGGAAUAUUUGCAAAUGCAUAAUGAGAUAUCUUGGGGAUGGGACCCAAAUCCAAACACAGAAUUCAUUAUGUUUCAUAUACACCUUAGAGACAAUAACCUAAAGGUGAUUUUAUAUAUUUUAGAUAAUUUUAUGCAUGAAACAAAGUUUUGACAGCCUUUUGACCAUGAUUCAUCACAUGAGGUCAGGCAUGGAAAUUUUCACUUGGAGCAUCAUGUCAGCACUCAAAAAGUUUUGGAUCUUGGAGCAUUUCAGAUUUUCAGAUUAGGGAUGCUCAGCCUGUAUAGAUAUAAAAUUAUCCUCACAGUGACUUAGAAUCUCUUGGUGCUGUCAGCUGUUGGGAACUGAAGAUUGACUUUGUGCUUCCACCCUCCAUCCAGAAAGGCACCCUUCAUUCCACCAGAACUUUACCCAGGAAGAACGUGAUCAUUUCCUUUUUCACCCAUGCCCUCUCUCAGCUUUCUGAGUACGUCUUGUGGGGUCACUGGAGGUGUUCCUAGGGGAUGCCCGUAGGAUCUGUCUCAGAGACUGAUGUGCCGUUUCAGCCCCCUGCAGCUAAGAAUUGUAUUGACUGUCCUCAUAGCAGCUUUUCAUAGCUUUCAGCUUCAGCUUUACGAGGCUUCUCCUCUCUCCCUGGCACGCUGCUGGCUGCCUCACUGCUUAGUCCCACUAAACCCAAACACCUGCCCAGGGUAAAUGAGUGUCUCUUCUAUCCCCAGAAAUUUCCAGAGAAAACAGCUCAUAGAAACAUCCAAAAGCACACAAGUAUUUUGGGAAAAAUCCUAAAAGGUGACUUAAUUUGGUGCCUUAAAUUCACCAGUGAGGAAGCUAAGGCCUAGAAGGUCAAGGAUGUCGCCAGGGCCACACAGCCAGCUGGGCUUAGAGCUUCAGUGUCUUUGUGCUUUGUGUGCAUUGCAUUCUCCCUAGGGUGCUUUAGACCUUGUUUGUUUUCUUCUGCAUGAGGCUGAUUUCCAGUUUGUCAUCAACCUCUUUAUCUUAUAAUUUAGGAUAGAGUUGAAUGUUAGUCUUGAAAGAUUUGCUAAAGUAUUUCAAAUGUUCCUCAGAGGCCUAGGAUUUUCCAAAAGUACCUUAGGAACCUUGUAGGCUGCGGUGGGGGUGUGGCGAUAAAGGAGGAGGCAGGGAAACGGGGCUGCAGGGCCUCCCACCUUCCAACAGACACGCUCUGCUUUAUCUGUUUUACAUACUGGGAUUCUGUAAAGGAUAUUAUCUGGGGUUUUGUAUGUAUUUGUCUGUGUUCAGCUUUUUAAAAAUAAACUUGAAAAGCUACUGAA